UCCGCUGCAGGUCGCUCCCGCUGCUGACGCAGCUCGAGGAGCCGCUGCGCGCCGCCGCCUCCUCGGCAGACCUCGACCGGCCCGCGCCUCCGCGGUCGGGAGGGAUGUCGCGAGACGGCGCCGCGCGGACCGCCGAGCAGGAGGCGGCGCUGCUUGGGGCCGCCGCCGCAGCGCACGCCGCCGACUCAGUUCGGGCCAGCGGCGCAGACGUCGCAUACGUGCAGCUUGCGGAUCGCUUGCCCACGUUCGGCUGGUCGGACCCGCCCGCACACUACGGCGAGGCGAUGCUCGUGAGGGAGGUGCGCGACGGCGUGGCGGCCGAGGCUGUGUUGCGGCAGUGGAGAGAAACGAAGCCGCCGGCCGCCGCGUCGCCGCUGCAGUGCUCACGGCAGCACUGCAGAGAGUGGGGUUUCCCUGCCGCCGAUGGGGCGGCGGAGUGCUGCGAGGUGGCCGCCCCGAGCAGGAGAAGCGGCAAGGGCAGGAGGUUGCUGAGCGCGAGCGAUCGGCGAGUUUCGACUUGAGCCAUUCGGCACACUUGCUGCACGCAAGGCAGCGGGCCAGCGCCGCGCAAGCGCGCUGCCAGCGGCCAGCGCCCCGGCACGCGGCAGCGCGCCGGCCGGCGCGCCCCG